AUACGAUAAGAAUAAGAAAGAAGAACCAAAUCAGAGGGAAAAUUUAUCAUCGGAUCAAUGGAUUUGGCGGUUUACAGUUGCAAGGAAUCUGAAUCUGUAUCUGUAUCUAAUCCCGAUCAUUUGUACCUGCGGGAUUCUAGUUUGGAGCCGGGAACAAUGGGGCGGUCUCGUUCUCCGCCGCCGACGCGACCAAAGUUCCGGUUUGGGAAUGAGGACAAGAUCAUGUCUUUCUUCUAAACCCUAAACUACUGGCGAAUCCAGUGGAAACGGACAAAGAUCAAGUGCAGUAGCUGUGGCCGGCUCGUCGGCUACAUCUACGACGACGGUGUCAGUCAGUUCGGGUUCGGUCCGAGUCAGGUUGUUCCUCGCGCCCCUCGAUUAUCGUCUCAGACAUUAUCGGCUUUUUGGAGCAGUGAUAGAGUGCACGAAUAAUCUAUGUGCUGUGUUUCCGAUGACUUUGAUGAUGAAUCAGAUCGUUGUUAUCCACCUCUACGUGGGUUUUCUUUCGAUGAUUCGAUUGGAGAUUGAAAUUUUGAGAACGACCCAGAUGAUUGAUUCAUGUCCUCAUCAAUUUCUUGGUUUCCAUAGUGCUGGAUCUGACAUGAAUGAGAUGGUUGUUUCUCUGCCUUUAGCUGGGUUUUUCUCAUUUGUUAGAUUCAAGAACUGGGAAUUUAAUACAGACCCAGAAGAUUGCGUCAUGCUAGGAAGUUAAAGUAGAUUGCUUUUUAUGAUAUGCGGUUUGCAAAUGCCCGAUUAGAAUUGGUACAGAUGAAGGGAACACAAACUCAGUGGUUGGUUAAUGAAUCGGAAUUAGGAGGACCUUAGAAAAUGGCUUGUCGGUGGUGUGGAUAGUGACAUCCAUUCAUGUUUAAUGGCUGUGACCGAAAGCAAUGCCACUAGUUUCGUAAAAAGGAGUAUUUUGCAUUAUCCAGAACCCUAAUUGUUUAUACGUUAAAUGUUUCAGAAGAUUAGAAGUUACAACUACCAGUCUGUCUGUGGUCUUGUUCAAAUAGUUUAGUUCUCUUUUCUUACAAGACAAUCUGCAACAAACUGAAGGGCAGACGUAGCUGAUCUCUUGGUAGACUCAGUUUACCUCUUGUUGAAGGGUAGGUUUUGAUUAGUAGCUUCUGGGUUUCACUGUGGAAGCUUUCCUUCGAGGGCUCAUACCCUCUUAAAAUCUUGCGCUGCUCGUGUUGUAUAUGUGUGUAAUCCAGCAGGUGAAUUAAGACGAGGCAGAGAUUUGAAGGUCGGAGGAAAAGACUUGAGUUCUGGCACGAUGAAGCAGGUUGAGGAGGGGUCUGAGCGCUUUUGUCUGAAAAGUUCACUGGCAAUUCCUCCGCUGCUUCCUCAGCCGGGAUCCGGUGUUAGAAAGAAAGACGGAGAGAGCAUAACCAAUAAACAGAUCAAGAAGUUCUGGAGACAGAAGCAGAUCAUUGAAGAGGAGCAUAUCUUUGCUGCCAUCAAGGCUGCAGCUCGUGUCAGGGCCCGAUCGCUCUCUGUAUGGCGUUUGAUUCCUGAUGCCAGCGCGGAAGAUGACUACAAAUGCUUCGAAGAAAGCCUGGACUUGGAGAAACUGGAAAUCAUCUCCUCCAAUAACAGUCUCACGGGCAAAGAAGUUCACGUCGGGAUAAAAGACUGGUGGACAAAGAGCAGGUAUGCAUACCUGAACCAGCCUACUGCACAUGAGGGAUCUGCGGACUGUAUGGGACGAAAAAGGAGAUCUUCUUAUGUGCCAAACUGUUUCCCUUUGAAGCCUACCAUUCCUCUCUAUCCUACUUCUCUCGAUGUCUUUUGAGACAUGUUUGAAGCCUCUCCAAAUCAUUUGGUUUAGGUACUGAAACUAUAUGAUAUAUAUAUAUAUAUAUAUAUAUGUGUGUGUGUGUGUGCGCAACAAAAGCAUUUGGUUGAUGGAUCUGCACUGCGCUGCGUAAACUGUGUUCUCGUGUUUGAGCAUUUCCCGGGAAUUAUGAUAUGAUUAAAUUAAAUUGUUGCUGAAUCUGUUGAGGGAGGACUUGAGAUGGGCGAUAAGAGUUGCGAAAUACGAUUUUCAUUCGGACCUCCGUGAUUCGUUA